CUUAAACCCUUCUCAUUGAAAAAGACAUUCAUAUUCAUCUGUCUAACCGUCUUCGAAUUGAUAUACGGCUAUUUUGAGCAAAUCAGGCACUAGCAGAGAAGAUGGUAGGGUUCGAUGCGCGGUGGCUCAUCAGUGCCGCCGUUCUUCUGCUGCUGCUGAUGGCCCCAAUCGCCAACGCUUGGGGAAAGGAGGGACACUUCGUCAUCUGCAAAAUUGCCCAGGAAUAUCUAACUGAAGAGGCUCUCCAAGCAGUCAAAAACCUACUCCCUGAUGAAGCCGAAGGCGAACUUGCUAAUGUUUGUGAUUGGGCAGAUCAAGUUCGGCAUCAUGCCCACUACGGUUGGAGCAAAACUUUACAUUAUGUUGAUACACCUGAUUUUCUAUGCAACUACAAAUAUUCCAGGGAUUGCCAUGACACAAGAAGGCACAAGGACAGGUGUGUUACUGCAGCAAUCUACAACUACACUGAGCAGCUUUUGGAUUACUCAAACUCAAACUCAGAAACAAAAUACAAUUUGACAGAAUCACUCAUGUUCUUAUCACAUUUUAUUGGUGAUGUCCAUCAGCCUCUUCACGUAGGAUUCAUUGGAGAUGAAGGGGGGAACACAAUAACUGUCCGGUGGUACCGUAGGAAGACUAAUUUGCACCAUAUGUGGGAUAGUGAUAUCAUUGAAACUGCAGUAAAGACAUUAUAUGACUCUAAUCUUACACAGAUGAUUCAAGCUCUUGAGAAUAAUAUCACGGCUGAAUGGCCCAUUGAUAAUCCAUUGCGGGAAAGUUGCAACAAGACCGUCUGUCCAGAUCCGUAUGCUUCAGAAAGUGUUAGUUUAGCUUGCAAAUUUGCCUACAGAAAUGCCACGCCCGGGAGCACUUUGGAAGAUGAGUACUUCCGGUCACGGCUGCCAGUUGUGGAAAAGAGAUUAGCUCAAGGCGCGGUACGUUUGGCUUCCCUUCUCAACUCUAUUUUCACUUCACGCCCAUUGGUUGCACAACUAUGAACAUAACAUCUGAAGGAUGGGGAAGAAGGGUGAAAUUGCUGUGGUUAAAAAUGCAUACAGAUUGAACUGCUCUAAGGAUCAAGAGUUGUGGUGUGCCUAAUAUCUACUUACUAGUACCUAUGUAGUUGUAUAGUCAUAUUCCCUUAUUUCCUCUUUGGCCUAUAUAAAAAAUAUCACUUUUUCCUAAUAGAAUUGGUAUGAAAUACUCUAACGUUUGACAAUGAAAAAUUCUAAAAUGUUCUAUCUUUGUAAAGAAUAACCUAUUCAAGUAGAAUAGGACAUUAUUAAAAAUAAUUUGAAUAAUCAUUG